AUGAAAACAAAUAGAAUAAAAACCGAAGCUUUAACGUUAAUGCAUUUAGAUGGAAAGAGAAAGUACAUAGGUACAAAUAAUAAAAUUUACAGAAAAGUUGUUAUAAACCCAACCUCCGAAGAUGAUUUACAAAAAUUUUGUAGAAAUUAUUUUAGAAUAUAUAAUUUCUCUUUAUAUAAUUUCAUUAGAAGACUUAUAUCAUUCGACGCAGUUAUUGUAUACUCCUUAUUUUUAACCGUCUAUUUAUUUUCUGAAAUUAAUAAAGGAAUAACAAAAGAAUAUGUAUUUAUUGAUACGACCAUCUCCUUACUUUUAAACAUUAUCAUUUUAGUUGUUAUAGAAACUCUGUAUGAGUUAAAACUACUGAAGGAUAUAAAGGAUGCAAAUUCGCAGUGUUACCUUAGGAUAGUACCUAAAAUGUCUUACUUUGAAAAAGUUAUGACUAAAGACAUAAAAGUAGGAAACAUAAUUAGAAUUUUUCAAGGUGAUGAAUUUCCAGCUGAUGCAGUCAUACUUUAUGUUAAAAAUAAUUUAAAUGCAGUUGUAGACUCUUUUAAAAUAGAUGGGUUAUUUAGAAAGAGCAUUAAAUACCCAGUAGAUAAGUACAAAAUUGACAGAGAUUAUUUAAAAAUGCUAUCAGAAAUAAACGGCGUCAUUAGAUGUGAAUUGCCUAACAAGGAUAUAUUUCGUUUUGAAGGUAACUUCAAACUGGACAAGCACCCGAGGUCGUUGAUAUUGAGCUACAAAAAUUUUGUCCUUCAAUCUUCCAUUUUGAAAGGAGCAGAAUACAUAGAUGCAGUAGUUGUAUACACGGGGGCCGACACAAAAAAAAAUUUGAAUAUUCCUCACAAAAUUGAAGAGAAUAGAACAUUUUGCAUAAAGAUGAAUAAUGUUGUGUAUUACUUAAUAUUUAUGUAUUUCUUUUUUGUCCUCCUAAGUAUUAUAAUAAAGAUGUCCUUCUACCAUAAAAAUGAAUCUCUCCAUAACACAAAGGAUUCCUUUUUUAAUGUUCUAGAAGAUUUUAUUGGUCUUUAUAUACUAGUUUUGCCUAUUAUGAUGUAUUCGGAAAAGAGCCUUAUAUACAUAAUUCAAAGUUUGAGAAUAGAAAAUGAUGUAAGAAUGAAAGAGAGCAAGGAUAGUGAUAAACCAAAAGUUUUCAAUAAAAACAAAAAUGAUGCAUUAGGCACAGUAGAUUUGUUAGCCACAGCAAGGAAUGGAAUUCUUGUAGAAAAAAAAGAUCUAUUUGUAUCAUGUGUAGUUAAUAAUGUUUUAUAUGCGAAGGAAGACUUUGUUCAUACUUGUGAAAAUUUUCAGUUGCCCACUCUAAGCAUACUGGAUGCAGAGAGAGAAAAUAUUGAGGAGCUUUUAAACUUAGAUGAAAGAAUUUUUAAAGAUCCUGAAAAUAUACUCUUCCCUUCAAGAGACUUCGGUUUGUUUCUAAAAAGGUUUGAAAAAAGAGUAAAUUCGGUAUAUGACCCGUUUGUUGAUGACUUGUCUAAGCUGCUAAAGGAAAAAUAUAAAAGUUACUUGAACGAAGAAAUUUUGAAUAAGAACGUUAGACUUACAUCUUUUAUUAAAUCCAAGUUAAAUGCAGGAUAUAACCAAUUUUACGAGAAUUACAAAAGCAGCUAUAACUGCAAGGAAGUAAUUGACGAUGCAGAGAAUAAGAGCGAACAGUCAAUCCGAAUAGAAGAAUUUAUUUUAGGAAUGAGUGUAUGUAACAGGAUUAUCAUUUUUAAUGAGAAAUGCCUACAUAUGUCUAUAAAAGAAUGUAGAAGUGAAAAUUAUAGCGAUCAACAUAUGAAAAGUGAAAAUGAACAUGAAAAUGAAAAUGAACAAGAGAAUGAACAUCGUAAUUAUGAUUAUAGUGAGGAAUCAGAUGAGGAAAGUUUAAAUACAAUUGAACAUGAAGAUGUAUGCUUAUAUAACAUUGUAAAGAAUAUAGGAUUUCAUGCUUACUGUUAUAAGAAUAGUGUGUUUUAUUAUAAUUUAAAAAAUGAAUGUAAAGAAUAUUAUAUAAUUUGUUUUCAUGAUUUUUUAACAAGUAAUAAUUUUUCCAUGUGCAUUUUAAAAUAUGCAAAUGAAUUAGACAAAGGGGUACUAUAUGUUCGAGGUUAUGAUUUUAACAUGAUUCCUUGUUUAUCACAAGCGAAAAAUAAUUUAAGUAAAAUUAAAAAAAUUAUAAAACUAUAUACAAUGAACUAUUUAAGAAUAUUAUUUAUUUGUAAAAAGGAAAUAAAAAAUGAAGACAUUGCAAAAUACCUUUUUCUAAAAAGUUCCAGAAAUAAAUUGUCCCUAAAAUUAUACGAUUUAAUGAAACUAUUUUUUUUGUACGAUUUGGAGGUUGUAGGCAUAAUAGGUUUGAAAAAUGAAUUAAAAGAAGGAGUAAAAGAAACUUUUAACGAUAUAAUAAAGUUUGAUAUAAGGUCAUGUAUAUUUACAAAUGGAUGUUCAAAGGAUACCUAUUUGACCGCAUUGGAAUGCAAUCUUAUCGCUUCUAAUUCGAAUUUAUUCCUAAUAAACUUUUUUAAUACAGACAAUACUGAAUAUAUGGCAAAUAUAUUAUUUAACAAUUUUGUUCAAUCCCUGGAAAAGCUAAAACCUCCUUCAUAUGCUGUCGCAAUAAACGAUGCAAGUAUCAAAAAUAUUAUGGCUAAUGCGCAUGCAAUGAAAAUGUUCCUAUGUAUAGCUAUGAAAGCCACAGUUAUUAUGUUUUGUAAGUUGAAAAAUAAGACUAAAGGGAAAAUAAUAAAAAAAUUGUUAUCUUCUACUAGUCCUAGAUUAACAAUAUUAGGUAUUGGGUCUACAUUAAAUGAUGCCUAUUUAUUAAAAUAUACAACUAUAAGUGUGUGUUUGAGUUUAAAUGAACAAGUUAAUGUCCUGUACAGUAUUUCUGAUUAUGUACUGCAAAAGUUUAAACACGUUAGUGAUCUCCUUGUAUUAGGUCGUUUAAACAGAUUUUCCCUAUGUAGAGCAUUCCUGUGGAUAAUAUAUCUAAAGAUCACAAUCGUUUCGUUCUACUUUUUUCACAGUUUUGACAAUUAUUUUUCAGGAUCUUCCAUUUCAUCAAUUUUAUACUCCCAAACAACGUUUGCUGUUUUUCAUUAUUUAUUAAUUAUAGCCUUUUCAGCUUAUGAUAUAGACUUGCCGUAUAAAUUCAUCAGACGCGUUCCGUACAUUUAUCAGCUGGCAAGAAGGAAAUACUUCUUAAACAAUACGAUUAUAUUUUUGACAAUUAUGGAAGCUGCGCUGAUUUCAUUUAUUUCAUACUUUAUUUUAAGGACUCUCGUUUUUCACUUAAUUACGCAUCGAACCUUUACAUUCCACAUAUUUAUCCUAAAUUUUUUCAUAACUUCUGAAAAAAUACUUUUAUUUUCGAAAACGUGGCAUCUGUACUUCUUUAUUAUGGCGGUUGUUAUUAUUUGCUCUUUAUUUAUAUAUGUUAAUGUAUACACACUAUUUGAUUGUCUAAAAAUGGGGAAAUGCGAGUUUAGUCUUUUUACCACGGAAGAUGUAUAUUUUUGGGUAUCUCUGUUUCCAAUUAUGUAUAUUAACUUUUUAGUUGAUAAAGCUAUGAAAUUUAUAAGCAACAACAUAUAUCCAGACAUUUCUGACUACUUCCGCGAGAAGUUUGUAAAGAGAGGGGGAAAAGAUAAGUGGGGAAAUUCAUACAAAGUAGACGAUAACACAAAUAAUUUCAUUGAUUUCAAUAAAAAUAAAAAUCUGCAAAAGUUGAUACCUACCCCAAGGAGUUAUAAAAUAAAGGAUGAUAAUAACUAUUAUUACACCAAGCGUAACAAAACCAAGUUCAUUUAUGAAACUUUCAAAAAAAUUAUAGACAUCAAUAUAAAAUACAGGAAUCAACAAUUAAAUUUGGAAUAUAAAACAUAUGAAAAGAGAAACAAAUUAAAACUAAGGAUAAUUGUAAUUAUACUGUUUAUAAUUUUUUUAGUAGUAUUUUUUUCACAAGCAUUAGCUUCAAAACUUACAAAAAAUAAUCUGAACGUCAUAACUUACACUUUGAUAUGGUAUUAUUUAUUAGGAGCAAUGUGUUUAAUAUAUAUAAAGUUAAGAAAUAAUUCUAAUUCUACUCUUUUUUUUUUAUUUGGAAAAUUUCUAUUAAUACUUGGUUUUAUAUUCGAAUUAUAUGAUAAUGUGAGUUAUAAUAUAAUUAAUAUGCUAGUAGUUUAUUCCUUUACAGUUUCUUACAUAUAUUUUAUUUCUUUUAAAAUAUUAGAAGGAUUACUAAUUUGUGUAAUUAUACUAAUAAUAACAACAUGGGUGUACUAUCAUAAAAAUAAGAGUUUUGAUUCUUCCUGUUCAGCAUUCUGUGCAAAUCCUUAUCUAAGUAUAAAUAACUUAGAAAAUGUAAAUAUCUCCUGUUUAUGUAAACAGCAAGUACUAACCUUUUUAAUAUGUAUAUUAAGCUUUACUUUAAUAUGUUUAUAUAUGAAAUAUUACGAAAUUUAUUACUUAAAAAAAAAGUUUUUUUUUAGAUACAAACAAAAGAUUAAUUUAGCUAAACAGAUAGAAAUAUUACAUACAAUGUUACCUAGUUUUUUAGUUGAAUAUUUAUUAGUAAGCCAUCCCAAAGCUGAUGGAAUAAUGGUGGGAAAAAAUAUAUCAGGAGAAGACAGAGGAAUUAUAUCGGUUAUUUUUUGUGAUAUAGAUGAUUUUCAAAGUAUGGUUUCUACUUUACAACCCCAUGCACUAGUUGAGACAUUAGACAGUUUAUAUUUAUAUUUUGAUAAAUGUAUAAAAUAUUUUAAUUGCAUCAAAAUAGAAACAGUAUUCGAGUCAUACCUAGCUGCAUCAGGUCUAAGUGAAAAACAAAACAACAGCAUUUACAAAAUUAAAUAUGAUACAAGGUGCGCAAUCAAAUUGGCCAUAGCUCAACUAAGCGCAAAAUAUUACAUAACCUACAAAGUUUUAGACACUCAACAGUCCAGCCUGGACAGCAACAAUAACAUUAACUAUAACAAUAAUGGUACUAACGCUGACAAUAACACUAAUACUAGUUCCAAUACUAGUACCAAUAUCAGAACCAAUAUCAGAACCAAUAUCAGAACCAAUACUAGUACCAAUACUAGUACCAAUACUAGUACCAAUACCAGAACCAAUACUAAUGCGUUUACCUAUGACAGAUAUGUACAUAAAAAUAUUAGUCUGCGAAUAGGUAUACAUACAGGUAAAGCAAUAAGUGGCGUUAUCGGAUCAGUCAAGCCUCAGUAUUCACUUUUCGGUGAUACUGUUAAUACUGCUUCAAGAAUGAAGUCUACAUCCCUCGCAGAUCACAUCCAUGUCUCAUAUGAUACAUACAAGUACUUAGAGGAUGAUAAGACUCUAGUGUGGGAAGAAAGAAAAAUAUUCAUCAAGGGAAAAGGAGAGAUGAAAACCUAUUUACUUGUUGAUAUUUUAGAUAAUUCGAAAAGGAAAAAAGAACAACCUGCGGAGCUUGGAUUGUCUAGCUCCACUAUAUUUGAGAAAAACGUUGAGGGAAAGGCGUGGGAGAAGGAAGAACGAGGGGAGCUGAUUAAGGAAGAGGAGAGAAAAAAGAAGAUAAAAAGUGAAAAGAAGGAGGGGAAGGAGAAUCGAGAAAAAGAGAUAGACGAAAAGAAGAGGAAAAAGCAAAAGGAAAAAAAGAGUGAAGAAAAAAAGGUGGAAAAGAAGAAUGAAGAAAAGAAUGAGAAAAAAAAGCCGAAAGUGCAAACGGACGAUGUGAAAAAACUUUCGAAAACAAAAAAAAGAAAAAAAGAAAAAACAGAGAACAAGCUGAUUGCAGAUAUUUUUGAUAUGUAUGAAAAAGGCGAACAUUGCUACUGCAACAAAAGCGAUGACAGUACUAUGAGCAUAGCAAGUGACAAUCUUCUUACCCAUUCCAGGGAUGUUUACUAUAAAAAGUCCAAAUACUUGAGCUUCGGAAAUUUGGAAAAAGCAAAAAGUUUAAGAAGAAAUGCUGCAUAUAUCUUUGAAUCUCCUCUAAGUGGAAGAAGAAAUGAUGGAUACAUUUUGGAAACUCCUGUAAGUUUAACAAAUGAUAUUGUUAGCAAAAAAAGAGAUUAUGCGUCUGAUGCAUUGUAUACCUCUCAAUAUUUAGUGGAUGAGGAUAGUAUAGAAUCAGUUGGAAAAGGAAAGAGGAAAAAACGACGGUAUUUACGUUACAUAGAAGAGUACCCAUCCGAAUUUAAAGCAGAAUAUGAAAUACAGGAUCAUAUAAUAAAAAAAUAUAUAGAAGAAAGAAAAAAUUACCAAAGUAAAUUUUACUCCCCUAUAUUUAAUUUUAAUAAAAUUUUGAAAGAUUCAAAUGUUUUUAAAAGAAAGAAAAAAGGAAAGAAGCAUAAAUAUACAUCUACCUAUGAGGGAGUAUCAUACAAUUUUGCAAAUGAUAAUUUUACAUCAAAUUAUGAGUACUCCACUGAGUCUGAAUAUUAUGGAAACCAACUAAUGCAAGAUAAAAAAUUCAUAAAUUUCGAUGAUUUGUUUACUAAAAUAUACAAAAAAAAGAAAAAUUUAUUAAAAAAGGAAAUUCAGCAAUUAGAGGAGAACAAGAAGACAAACCAGAAAAAAGGAAAGAAGAGCGAAAAGGAAAAAAACAAAAAAAAGGAAAAAAAAGGAAAAAAAGGAAAAACAGGAAAAACAGGAAAAACAGGAAAAACAGGAAAAAAAGGAAAAAGAAAAUUUUCUUUUAAAAAUAGAAAAAAUGAGUAUGACGAUGAACAAAACGAUUACCCAAAGAGCAGACAAAAAAAAUUUUUUCAUUCCUCUAAGCAUGAAGCACAAAAAAUGGUAGAUGAUACGUAUACGCAACUAUCUAAUUCUUCUUUUUAUGAAAACAAACUAAAAUACUUUGUUUCUUCUGUUGACGAACCGUGUGGACAUGUUUGGAUGAAGAAAAAAAUACAUGCACAUAAUAAUGGUACAUUUAACCAAAAUAAGAACAAUUACUCAUCGGGAACAAUAUCGAAUAAAGAUUUGAGUAAAAAAAACAAAAAUACAUGCACCGCGUUAAAUGGAGGUCAUUAUUUUGGAAAAAAUAGAGUAGAUCUAAAUAAUAAUACAGAAGUGAAAAAAUUUCUGAGCGCAGAGGGGAUAAUAUUUGGUUCUGCCAUGAAAUGUGCUCCUGAGAAUAACUACGAAAGAAAUGAAAAAAAAAAGAGUAGAUUUAAAUUAAAUGGAAAUAGUUAUAAGGGAAAAAACACACAUAAACUAAAUGAGAGCAAUUUGCUUAAAAAAAAGGAGGUAAAUUUUAGCAGUGCACAAAACGCUGUGAAGGAUAGCGCAAGUAGUUGUGAUAGUGCUAGCAGUGGUAAUACUAGCAAUAGAAGUAGUAGUAGUGAUAAUAUCAUUGGCAACGGAAGCGACAGAGCUAAUAUACUUUAUGGAGGAGAUCAGACGGGAAGUGGGGGGAUCCGCAAGAAAGGAAAAAGAAAAGAUGCGAGUGAGGAGGAAAAGAAGGAUUCUAAUGAUGCUUAUUGUUAUGAAGAUAAAUCGAAAUCAAAGAGGGAGGAGGAUGAAUCAGAGAAAGCGUUAAAAAAGAAAAAAAAUAUCACAAAAAAAAUAAGUUUUUACAGUUUAAAAGAGGAUGGAAAAAGCUAUAUGUCCGAAGAGUUUGGAGAUAGUUCUUGUGCUAUAAAAUCAAAUGAAACAAUGAGCGUAGUAAAUGAUAAUGCAAAAAAAGAAUAUUUUAUAUACAGUCCAUCCCUCAAAAAAAAGAAGAGUAUAUUAACAAAAAUUAACCAUAUAUUUAGAAGUUAUUUCAAAAGUAUGGAUAUACGCGAACGAAAUAAAUCUAUUAAGUAUAAAUAUGAAAAUAGUAUAUCACCUCUAAGUGGUACUACAAAGAGAAGUGAACAACUUAUUAAGACAAGCACAACUGUUAGUAACAAAAACUUAGAUUUCGUAAAUAAAUUUGAUAAGUAUAAUAAGAAACUGCUAAAAAAAUUGACGUCCACAUUACAUUUAAAUAAAAAAAAGGACACCAAUUUUAAUAACCUUUUUUAUAAAUUUAGAGAUGAAGAAUUAGAAGAAGAAUACACACAAGGAUAUUAUAAAGAAAUAAUAAAUAUUGAUUUAACCAAAAAAUUAGUUAUAAUAUUUAUUAUAUCGGAACUAAUUUUAAGUUUAUGUAAUGUGAUUGAGUUAUCUUAUUAUGAUCAUAAAUCGAAAACAAAUGAUUUUAUCGUAAUUAUAUGGCUUAUAAGAUCUAUUUAUUUAUUUAUAAUAUCUUUCAUAUGGCUUUUAUUAAAAGUAAAACUAAGGGAGUUUAAAAAUAAUUCAAGUAAAAUGAUGUGGACAACUUUUAUAUUAAAUAUUUUUUUAUCUUCUUGGUGUAUUAUAUUAAUAGAUCUGUCUUGUAUACACUAUAGUAAUUUAGUUGGAAACUCAAAUGAGAGAUCUUUAUUUUUUAUGAAAGAUGCAACUGAGUUAAUUAUUUGUAUGCAGUUGAUAUUUAUUAAAAAUAUGUUAUUUAAGCAUAAAUUUUUUUUUUUCGUAUUCUUUUUUGUAUUUCUUAUUUAUUCAUUUUCUAAGCUCUUUAUUACACAUUUGAGCGAAAUUCGAAUAUGUUGUAGUAUCAUUUUGAUUCUUUCUAUUAAUAUCCUCUACUUUUGGUAUUCAGAAUAUAUAGACAGAACUCAGUAUUUAAUAAAGAGGAAAAGAAAUAGAAUGGAAAAAACAUCACACGAUUUCCUCACAAGAAUAUUACCGAGACAUGUUUUAGAAGAAUAUCAAAAUGAUAAUCUACAGUUAACAUACAAGCAUGAACAAAUAGCAUUUUUAUUUGCUGAUAUUGUUGGUUUCACAAGAUGGAGUAAAACAGUUUCACCUAAAGAUGUUCUAAAGUUACUACAAAAAUUAAUAUCUAAAAUUGAUAAAGACACAAUUAAAUUGGGAUUGUAUAAACUUUUUACAAUUGGAGAUGCAUAUGUAGCUACUAGCCAACCUAAUUCUUCAAUUACUGAUGAAAGUCAAGCAGUUGAAGGAAUUCUAAAUAUAUUUAAAUUAGCAAAACUUAUUUUACACAAUAUUAAUACUAUAAAAAUACAGUUCAAGAAACAUGAUUUCAGUAUGAGAAUAGGAUUACAUUAUGGAUCAUGCGUUGGUGGGAUCAUCGGAUCUGUUAGAAUUAGAUACGAUAUGUGGGGAUUGGAUGUAUUAAUAGCCAACAAAAUAGAAUCUAACGGAAUACCAGGAGAGAUCAUCUGCUCUGAGCAGUUCAAAAACUUUUUCAUGGAAAACGAACCUCAGGCGAAGCUAAAUUUUUGGUACUAUAAAACCAUAUAUAUAAGUAACAAAGAGAUAAAUCUAUACGUUAUAGAAGAUAAAAAUUAUGAUGAAGAUUAUGAUCAAAAAAUUAUAGAUUAUGAAACCUUACUGAAAUUGCGGGAAGAAAAGGGUAAAAAGAUACCUAAACUUUAA